AUUUGAUAACUGUUAUAAUGUUUGAUACCACACUGGCCGUGCUGGUGAGUUGGCUAGCACAAGGCCUUUGCCUGGUGCUGAGCCACGCCUGGCAGCACCCACUGUGCACCACAGGAUUAUGUCUGCUCUUCAGCUUCUUCACCCAGGCGGAUGAGCAGCUGCGCUUUGAGAUAAGCCAACAAUUCCACACACGCUGGCAACGUUUCAAGAAUUCCUAUUCGUUCCCGUUUCUCACACGCCACAACAAGAACAAGAACAGCAACAGCAACAGCAACAGUGAGACAUAUGUCUAUGACUACAGCUUGAUGCAGGGACCACACACCUGGACACAGACGGGCAACAACCAGAGCCCGGUGAACAUUGAUGAGCAGAUGGUCCAGCGACUGGCGAUUCACGAGCUGCUCAACUGGAAUCACUAUGAUGAGCUGCCCGCCAGCAUUACACUGGAGAACACGGGACAGACAUUGUUGUUGCGUGCACAGUUUCGCAGCAAUGUGCCCACUGUGAGUGGAGCUGAUCUGCUGACCAGCUACACCUUUGUGGAGCUCUGCUUCCACUGGGGCUGGUCGAACAGCGAGGGAUCCGAGCAUACGCUCAACAAUCGCAAGUAUCCGCUGGAGAUGCAGGUCCUGCAUCGCACUGGAGCCUCGGUGCCACGUCGUUGCACUAGCAGCUAUGAUUUACUCAUGAUUGCCUAUAUCUUUGAGUUGUCUGCCCACAAUCCGUUGCUGGAUCCGUUGAUGCAGAACCUCAAGCUGGUCCAGAUGCCCGGCAAACGUGUUGAGAUUGCCCCGUUUCCACUUUCCUAUUUGAUAUACCCGUUUCGUACUGGAUUCUAUAGUUAUGGUGGAUCGCUGACACAGCCACCCUGUUACCAGGGCACCGAGUGGUUCAUCUUUCCCGAGUCCCUGGCCAUCAGUGACUUCCAGCUGCGUCACUUUCGCCAGCUGCUGAGCGGAGAUCGCUUUACGCCCAUUUCUCGCAACUCUCGUCCCGUUCAACCUCUGGGAAAUCGCAUCAUCAAUCUGAACUACUUCUGUCCCUACGACACUGCCCAGUUGGAACGCAUGCGGGUUGAGCUGUUGCAGCAGCAUCAGCAGGAGAUUGAGGAGGAGCAGGCACAGAUCGAGGAGCAGCAGCGUCAACAGCUGAAGGUCAAGGCAAUGAACAGUUCCGACGAUGAGGGUCAACUUAUUGAGACUCUGGACACGACAACCACCAUAACCACCAACUCCUGCACGAGUGUCUGUGCCACCGUCCUCAAUCGUGAAGGUGGCAAUGGCAACGGCAACGUCAAUGGCAACCAACAGCAGCAGGUGACCUCAUGCUGCCCCAACUCCAUCAUAUUCUUCAGCUCGAACAACAACUACAGGAACAACAGUCUCGACAGCAAUGGCAGCGACACGAGCCUCAUGGACAAGUGCAAUGGACACUUUCAGCUGGACCAGGCCGAGGAGAUGAUGAUGACAUUGACCAAUGACGUGGGCAUCUGUGGCAUGGGCGAUGGUCUCGGUGUCGGCGUCGGUGUCGGUGUCGGUGCCCGCAUUCAAUUGAUUGAAUAGCCAACAAUACCACUUUCUACCUUUUUGUUAGAUGAUUAUUAUUAUUCAACUUUGUUUGGACCACAAUUGGAAAACAAUCAAUCCACACUGGACAAGUAAUUCAUUCAUUCAACACAUCACUCGAGGGGCUGUGGCUUCAACAAAGUUGCGUUUAUAUUUUCUAAGGCAUGAAACAAUAACUACAAUUUCACAAUUUCAGUAUUGUGGGCAUUACAAUAGAUCAGAGACAAAAUAGGCAGGAUUAGUUAUAGACAGCUAGAAUGUAAGCUGUUCAUUUUGAUUAUAAAACAAAGGUCAAUGAAGAUAUCUAUCACUUAUUAAAUUUGCAAGUUCGUACUGUA